AUGAAUGCAUCACUACGUACUAAAGACUGCAACGAGCGCCAGGUCAACAACCCCUUCUCCUCCAACGUCGCAGGCACCAAGAACGACAUUCUCUCUCCAGCUCGCAGCCGGACAGCGGUGGGCCGGCUUCCUCCUUUGAGCACGUCGCCUUCGUCGUUGUCGCCGGGAACGGCGGCGUUAAAGCUAGGCGGACAGGAAGGAGCUUCCGCGAAAGUUUCACUCAUAUCCCGAAGAACUACAUUGGGGCCGACGAUCUCGUAUUGCGACCGAAACGGGGAUGAGAAUGCUACGGUAGUAUCCAAGGGAUCGGGACUCUCUGCGGGAUCAGCGGCAAGGUCCCAAGCGGGGUCUGCAACAAGAACAGAAACCGCAAAGCCUAGAAGCCUCUUGAAGCAAAGGACGGAGUCGUCCAUACAUCAACCCGGCGGGAGGGGACGAGGAGCCCCGCUGUUGGUUACUCGGCACAAAGAUCGCUGGCAGGAGAUGAUAAAGGUGUCCUCCGAGAUCACCGACAGAAAGCUCAGCGAACGGAAAUCGCCACCGACGACAAGGUUUUCCGCGAAUGAGAGCGACCGGGAGGAGGCAACCGAAAGGAGACCUCGAUACGACAAGAUCAAGAUGAGAAGUCCUGUCGCGAACACUGGCAAGGGAAACGGCUCGGAAGGCCAAGCGGCUACGGUGAAGUCCCCGGCAUUAGCCUUCAAGCUCAAGAUGAUGGCCGGGGGAAGGUUUGGUGCUGUUUCCGUUGCUCAGAAAGUCGUGGCUGGGUUUCGGGGGGAUCCAGACUGGGCAUCUGGGGCAUCGAGGAUCGCAAAGAGAAGGUGCGGAAAGUUGUUCAGGCUAAUCGAAGAUGUGGGUAUCACAUUUGCGGGCCCACACAGCGAGAAACCCCCCUACGUAUCAGCCUCAAAGCGCACCGGUUCCGACGACGACACCAGCGGGCCAAGGACAAGCUCGAAAGGGAAGCUUAACUCGAAGAAGGGGGCGGCGGCCUCCCUAGUCAGUGAAAAAUCAAGGAGGGAUCAGGCUUCUAGAAGAUCGGUCGCAAGGCAAGUGGGCUGCUGA